GAAUAUCACAAGCUGCAAUCGAAUACUUGCAAUCCAGCUCUAUAAAUCGAUCUCAACAAACUGACAAGAGCCUGACAGCGAUAAAAAUCCUGACACUUGUUUUGACGUAAAAUGUAAACGCAAGUGGCAAAAUGUGGAAAAAAGAAAAACAAACAAAUUCGUUAGUACCGUGUCAAAUUAAUAAAAACCUAAUUAAGUGCAAUUCAGCAGUUUAAGAUUAUCCUCAUUUAAAAUAUUACGUAUCAACUAGGGCAGAUUUGGAGAGGCGGUAGGGUGAGCGUGUAAUUUGAGACUUUCCAUUAACAUUAUCAGCGAUGAUUGACAGAUAAGUCGAACUCCCCCGCUAGUGAAAUCAAAGCGAAAAUCAUGUCGGGGCAUGCAGUGGUUGUGUGGGAAUACGAAAUCCGAACUGGAUAUUGGAAGCCAUACAGCCCUGCAGUCAGCCAACAUUUGGAGAGGGCCAAUGGAAAGCAGUUGACCAGGGUGAUACUUUCAGAUGCUGAUCCCUCUCUUAUGCACUACUUCGUCAAUUUGAGGACGCUAACCCAAGAAACUGAAGAUUCAGAGAUUAUAGUUCCUGUGAGAAGGAAAUGUUAUCCUCCAUCUUCUCCAGCUGGCAAAGGAGCUAGAUGGGAAUGUGCUGGGUCUGAACAACAUGGCCCAGAGUGGCAUCCUUUUGAUAUGGAUAUACAGUGUUUGAUAGAAGAGGCCUGGGCAAAUGGUGACCAAAUGCUGGACAUGAGCCAAACUCACCUAGGUUUCCCUUACUUGAUCAACUUCAGCAAUUUGACACAAAGAUGGUUGACUAAUGGUUAUGUGAGGAGUGUCAGAAGAAUAAAACAAGCUCCUUAUCCUCUUGUCAAAGUUAGAUUGGAAGAACUAGCACCCACUACAGGUCGCAGAGGAUCAGAAAUAAGAAAAUCCUGCCAUGGGAUCAACAAGAAUAACUCUCAGCAACCUCAAACAGCUAAAGUUAUUGGAAGUAGUGCAGCAUUGAAUCAGACAGAUAACAGCAAGAGAAAUGUCAAUGCUAAUAAGAAGAAAACUAGCAACAAAAUAAAGAAUAAUAAUGAUACAACUCCAGCUACUUUGGCCAGGCAGAUAUUGAAUAAUUUGAAUAUAUUUGGUCACAAGUCAGGUAACAGUGCACCUCAAACCAGCGAAAACAGGAUUCUACUAGAUGCAGAUAGCAGUAGUACAAAAUCAGGUAGAAGACCAAGUUUGGAUACAGUGUCAACAUAUCUUAGCCAAGAAAGUAGAGAUAGCAGAGCAACAACGUCCACAUCUGAUCUGAUCAACUGUAGCGGGAGUGAUGAUGGUCUUGUUGAGGAUCUGCCUUCUAUCAUUGGCAUGGACCCUGCAAGCGCAGCAAUCUCCCGCUACGUUCGGAUUUCGAAACCCUCGGAAUGGGCCCCUCGGCAACCGUGCCCCGCCUGCCGUCAGCCCUUAGCCGUUCAAUCGGCCCCCGUUGACGUCGUAGUCGCACUCCCCUGCAGCCACGUACUGCACCUGUGCUGCCUCAAUGGGGCCCUCAGCGAACAGCGGGAUAGCGGGGCCCGGUGCAUGUACGCGCAGUGCGCUGUUUGUGGUAGAGUGUAUGGGGAGAAGCAUGGGAAUCAGCCACCUGGGGCUAUGGAAUGGGGCGUCAUCGACAGGUGUCUGCCCGGGUUCAAGGGGUGCAGGUCUAUACAGAUUGUUUAUAAUAUUCAGUCUGGUAUUCAAGGUCCAGAUCAUCCUAAUCCUGGCAGGGAAUACUAUGCAGUCGGUUUUCCUAGAAUCGCUUACUUGCCCGAUAACCCGAAAGGCAGACGAAUUCUACGAUUGCUGAAAGUUGCCUGGCAGAGAAAACUUAUAUUUACAGUUAGCAGGUCGCACACUACUGGUUGCGAGGACGUGGUAUCCUGGAACAUUCCGCACAAGACAGAAAUAGGUCCAAGCAACAACAGUCACAGUUAUCCAGAUUCUGGAUAUCUGACUAGGGUUGUAAGAGAACUUGAAGCUCUGGGUGUUGUAGACGAGCAUGCUAUCUCCAAGAGGUAACAUUACCUAAAAAGAAUUUUUGUUUUUUUGAGGGGUGUCUUUGUGCAAAAAGUCCAGAAGCUAGGUUGAGAAAACACGAGCGUUUGUAUUGUGUCUAUUAUUCCUUAAAUUAACUUCAAUUAGAUUUUAGUGAGAUUCAUCGUUUGUCGUCAGAUGUAGUGCUUGCCUUAUAAUCAUAAGAUAGAGUUUAGCCAACAUCUGUUUUUGUAUUUGAAAACAAAAAUGAACUUAUUACUUUAAAAACGAGUGCAAUAUUCCUUUGGAAACUGUUCGCAUAUUAGUCUAAUACCCGUUUUUCAUUACAAUAAAUCGACGGAAUUCUUCAUAACUUGAUUCAAAAGUAUUAAACAGGAAUUUGACGUCACAUAAAUCCAUGAAGGCCUUCGUGGAUUUCUUCAUGCAGUUCGAUCUUGUUCUAAUUUUUGCCAAGUUGGACGUCAAAUUAUAUGGCGCCAACCUUGUUUUCCGUUCCGUUUUAAUGAACAACUUUUCAAUUCAAGCAUAGUACUUUGAUAGAACUUAUUUAUAGUAUUUAACAAUAUGGUUUGUUUAUGAGAUUCUCCUCAAAAUCAAAACCACAAUACAUAUAAAAACUCAAAAUGUGUCUAGCAAGAAUUUGGAGUGUGGUUGGCAGCACUAUGUGCUGUCAGAUAAUUUAUGUAGUCCAAUUGUAUUAGCAAAUGUUUCCGAAAUAAUUGUAAAGUCUGUUUUUAUUGGUGCAAGUUGUUCAAGGAGGUAUUUAAAACAUAGACGCAUAAAAUUUGUGGAAAAACUUUUUAUUUGACAACAAAGAAUGAGAAAACGUGUUUUUUGGGAUUAAAUCGGAAGGGUUGGCAGUAAUGAGAGAUCCUAUUAAUAGUAGAAAUGUUAUGGCAGGUUUUGGCACUUGUUGGUAAUGCGACGAUUAUUUCACUCAACCACUUGAAAUUCUUCAAAUCCGUAGGAUUCAUACUUCUAAAUAACAACAAAAUUGGAAUAUAUUUGUGAAAUAGUUUAUUGAGAAUUUCUAAUUGUUUAUCCCAAAACACCUGUUUUCCGGCCAUCACUACUAGUUUAUUGAACAUUAUACAUUGUUUGUUGUACCUUGCCGACAUGAAUCACAAACCAUUCCGAAAGAAAAAUGUUAUUUUUUUUCUGCAAAACAAAUUCAAAUAUUUCGUAUUUGUGAGUAAUUGAACAGAUGCGCUACGAUAUUCGAAAAACAUACGUUACUAUACACAUUUCAAAACAAAGCGGAUGUGUCUAUCAUCUUUUGUUGCGAAUUACUCACAAAUACGAAAUGUUUGAAUUUGUUUAAAAGAAAAAACGUAACCCAACCUUUUUUGCAGAAAAAUAACAUUUAUCUUCCGGAAUGGUUUGCGAUUCAUAUCGGCAAGGUAAACUAGUGUAUUUUAAUAAAAAUUGCCCUUUGAGCUAACCCUGUAUAUUGCUCAAUAAACUAGUAGUGAUGCCCUGAAAACAGGUGUUUUGGGAUCAACAAUUAGAAAUUCUAAAACUCCUUGACCAAUCUACUCCACUUUUGUUGUGGUUAUUUAGAAAUACGAAUUUGAAGAUUUUCAAAAAUUUAUGAGAAGCCAUAUCGUCGCAUUACCGACAACUGCCAAAACCUGCAGUUUGCUUCUGUUUUAGACCAAAACUUUUUUGCUAAUAGACGGAUCUUUUUACUUGUGGUCUCAUUUUGUAGGUCUCAUUAAUACCUAAAAAUCUUUUAUGAAGAGUUUUUUCGUUCCUGUCUACGCUUUCGAUUGAAUCCCAAAAAACAAGUUUUCUCAUUAUUUGUUGUCGAAUAAAAAGUUUUCCCACAAAAAUUGGUGUAUCCUUUUAUAUGCGUCCAUGUUUUGAAUACCCCCUUGAACAACUUACAGCAAUAAAACCAGACUUUACAAUUAUUUCGCAAACCAGGGGUAUUUUCGUGUAAUAUGAUUAGACUAAUGAGUUUAUCCAACGAUAUAAACGCUGCAAAACAUAAAUCCUGAUGACCUUGAAGAAAUCCAUCUGAAUAAAUUCGUGAACAAAUUGUUGAUGUAAAACGGGUAUAAGAUUUGAAUUAGUAACCGACCUUCACCCAUCUGUUUAAUGAAUGAAGAGUAUUUUUAUCAAAAGUACGAGUAUCAUAAAAAUAUAUCGCGAGUGGGUUGAUUUGUUGAGACUAUGAUAAUUUUCGAUCAUUAAACAGGUGGGUAAGGUUGUUUCUAAUUCGGAUCUUCUACUGUAUUGGGCGCCAAUAAUAGUAAAGUAUUUUUCACGAGUAUCCAUUAUGGUAGAAUAACAGCUGAUUAGUGAUAUAUAAAAACUCCCCAUAUCGACAAAUGACUUAAUUCUGACGAUUAUUUUGUACUUGAACUAUAUUAUUUUGAAAACUUGAUUGAAGGGCACUCAUACGUAACGACAAUGUUUUCGAGACAGAGACACACAACUAAAAAACGUAUGUCUUUGAGCGUUCACACAGGGGUAGGUUGCAUGUGUAUGUAUGAGGGAGUUGGAGAUAUGUAAAGGGAUACUGGUAGGUCUUACUUUGACCCGCCAAGAACGGUGACUCUAACUAUACAAAGGUGUCACUUGCUGAUCAGUUGUUCACCUCAGUGUUGUAUCCUUAUAACUUUAUGCUCCCUGUAAAAUAUGUCAGUGUCAUGUAUUUGAAUCAACACUGCAAUGUCAAGUCCGCUGGGGCAAUGUAAGCACAUGUUAGUCGUUAGUUAAUAAAUCCUAAAUUGGGAUUAAUCCUUCAUUUAUUACGUGUAAUACACAACACUCAGUAGACAUCGAAACGUAAUGGAUACUCGUGUAAUAAUAAUAUUACGGUCUUCAAAAACCAAAAGUUCGAAAGAGAAAAGGUUAAAAUCGCUUUAAAAUAAACUCAAAAUACUGUUUAUGGUCAUGUAGAGCAAGGUUUUAACCUUAAUUUAGAUACUUGGCGACCUCAAAAAUUAUAAUUUUUAAGAGAGUUUUUAAGCAUUGAAUAUAUCCCCUGGUAAGCCAGAUCAAAUUUGUUUACACAUUUUCCCAAUAAAUUACAAUUGUAUUGCUCCGACAAAUUUGUUUCAUGCUUUUUUAGAUUAUUCCAUUAAUUUUUCUCUAAUGCUGACCAUUUUCGAAUUACACGCGAUUGUAGUGCCUGAAAAGCCUUGAAAAUGGGUAUAUUCAGUGCUUGAAAACUUUUUUAUAAAUUAUAUUUUCGAGGCCAAAAUUGGCAUACUGGUUUUCGCAGACUGAACUUCAGCACCUUACCUUGAUUCACUGACAAUGUAAUAUUUUACAUUUGAUCAUUUCAAAGUUUUUUGUAGUUGAAACAAUAAGAACUAUAUGAUAAGUUUAGGUAAAGAACAAAUCAAAUUUUUAUAUUGUGGGCCUAUUGUACAUAUAUUUAUAUUAUAUUAGAGUAAAACGUUCUUCUAUAUUGAAUGAUUCUGUAUAAUGAUACAGGUUUCCUCAUUCCUGGGCAGCUAUUAAUGUGGUAGCCUUUUAUAUAUAAGAAUGUUCAAAGUUUAGAAAUAUAUAUAUGGAAAAAUAAAUUGGAUACUGUUAUAUCAAUACUCCAAGUAGAUACAGUUAAAAUAAGCAAUAUUGUUCCAUAAUAGUGAUUAAAUCGAUACUUUCCAGUAUUAUUAUAAAUAGUGAUUAGUUUCCUUUUGCCAUAUUAUGUGUAUAUAUAAGAUCCAUAAUAAUAUUAGCAGUAAUAAUACUGUCUUCCUAUAAACAAUAAACGUUUUAUCUCAUUUUGCUUUGUGAUAAAUUUAUUUUUGUUUGCAAUAUUUUGGCUUUAAUUUCUAUGAAAUCUUGGAUUAUGCAGUCUGUAGGAUACAUCUAAAUUUGUAAUGUAUAUAGUUCUUUCAGCUGGUAUAAAAAGCAGAAACUUUCCUGCCAUUUCGUCUGUCAUAGCAGCAUAUUUCAAUUUCUGGAAUAUGCAGUAAGUUAAAAAUGUGAAAACCUCCUCAACAAAAAGGGAAACGAUAUAUUCCUGACAUUUAAAAUUGUCUUUUAAUUGAUACUUACAUACUUUCAGUUAGGUAUGAAUUGAAUAAAUCUAUUUCCUACAGAUUGACACUUUUUAUAAAAAAUAUAGAUUUACUUUUUGUUGGUCAUAUUGAGUUUAUUAUCUAUUAUGAUGAUGAUUUUAAGAUCCUAUAUUUUAUUGAAUAUGUAUUUAUUCGUUAUUUAAUAUGAUUUAGUACAAACUAGCAUUUAAAUUUACUUUCAAGUAGUAUACUGGAGACUAGUCUCCGAAUUAGUGCUCAAUAAUCGAAUCACUUAUAAGGUUUGUAUUUUUUUAGCAAUAUACGC